CGGCGGGUCAGUAGCAAACUAACGCCACACGCCGCUAGGUGGCCCUGUCGUGAGUGCGGCAAUCGACACAGACAUAGAGACGACGCAUGUGGAUGGGGGCUGCAGGCUGCAUAUGGAGGAGGCGCAUUUAAGUAGACUGCACCAGUCGCAGUCGCAGUUGCAGUCGCCGUCGCCGUCGCAGCGACGACGUUAGCGCAGACAUUGCAAAUUGCUUCGCACUCAUUAUUCAAUUGAACGUGAACGAAGCCCCGCAAUUAACGCACAAUGAAUUUCACACCGUUUGGGAACAGUUUUCCGGGCCUGCCGCAGUUUACCACAACGACGGCGCCGCUGGUGUCGACGGUAACUGCCGCUGUCACCGUGACCGAUGCCGAUGUGACUGCGGCGGCCAAUCAGCAGCAACAGCAACAGGAGCCCGGCGGCAGCAAUCGCUAUCAGCAACACCAGCAACAGCAGCAGCAACAACAACAACAGCAGCAGCAGGUGACGCCGGGCGUGGCAAUGGCGCACUUCAGUCAGCCGAGCAUGAGCAGUGCACAGAGCAGCAGCAGUGGAGGUGGCAAUAAGUUUCGCAGCGGGCAAGAUGAAGUGCUGCAAGGUGAUAAAUACAAUGGCCACUUGCUGGCAACAGCCACGCAACAGCAACAACAGCAACAGCAAUAUGCAACAGUUUAUGCACCUAGUGCGACGGCAACGUCAGCGGAUGCGUUGCAAGCAAGCACCUCGGGUCAGCAACAGCAGCAGCAACAACAACAACAACAGCAGCAGCAACAACAGUUGCAGCAGCAACAAGUGGUGGCGCCGCAGGAACUGACUCAGGAUCUUUGCAAUGCGAUACUGCAACAACAAGUGCUACAGAAUACCUCCUGGCAGACAAUCACGCCGGGCACCACAGUCGCCGACUACCUCUCGCAUCUUCCAGCCAACACGUUGCCACUCUCGCUGCACCACUUUCUCAAGUACUCCGCGGAGACGAUCAAAAAGGAGAAUCAACAGAAUGUGGUGCUGCAGGUGCAGACGGGACCAGGAGCAGCCAUUGGCAUCAAUACCAUUGGCACAACCACAACCAUAAGCAUACCUCAGCAGGAGCAACUGUCACUGCAGCAGCAACAGCCACAGCAGCAGCAACAACAGCAGCAACAGCAACAACAACAGCAGCAGCAACAGCAACAACCUCAAGCAACAUUGCAGCUGCAGACGCAAACGGCUGUGGCAAGCAGCUCGACAGCUGUCAGUGGCACCAAAAAGAAGAAGCGCAAAAAACGCUCCAAGGAUCGCAAGCCUAAACUGCGUCCCGGCGAGAUUCGCAUGAGCACAGCACUCGAUGGCAGUCCGCUCUACAUGUGUCCUGAAUGCCAUGUGGCAUAUCCCGAACCGGAGUUACUCGAAGUGCAUCUGGUGGGGCACAAUCUGGAGCGACGCUAUGUCUGCGACAUUUGCCAGGCAUCGUUGAAGCGCAAGGAUCAUCUAACGCGACACAAACAAUCGCACAAUCCUGAACGUCCAUACAUCUGCACCGUCUGCCUAAAGGCCUUCAAGCGCAAAGAGCAGCUGAGCCUGCACUUUGUCAUCCACUCAGGCGAGAAGCGGCAUCAGUGCCAGGAGUGCGGUAAAGGCUUCUACCGGAAAGAUCAUCUGCGAAAGCACACCCGCUCUCACAUUGCCAGACGCGUCAAGGCCGAGCUCAAUAGUCAUGUGCGGCGCGAGAAUGGCACCAGCAUGUUGCAACCCGUGGUUACUGCUGCCACAACGGCUGCCGUGCAGCAUGCGAAUCAGCAACAGCUGCAGAUACAACAGCAACAGCAACAACAACAGCAGCAGCAACAGCAACAACAGCAGCAACAUCACAUCGUUGUCAGUCAGCAGCAACAGCAGCAGCAACAACAACAACAGCAGCAACAACAAGCAACUGGCCAGCAGCAACAGCAGCAAAUGAUAAAUUAGCCAAAUGAUUUUUGUAAAGUCAGUUAAAGCAAAAUUCCAAAUCACAACCAAAUCUCCCCGGAAACCUUUCGAAAUGCCUUGCGGCAAGCAACAAUUGUUGUUCAAAAUUACGUUUUUGGCUCAAAAUCCCAAGCUUUCGGCCCACAUCAUUUAAUUGACUCCAACAAAUCGGAUAUAAGAAUAUCGUAUGCGAACAUCGUAUACGAUAUUCAACAAUGCAAUAUCAUAGGCUUUUUGGAGACUCCAACUGUAGUCUUCGCUGAGCUAUGUACAGAUUUUCCUAGUCGAGCAUCGAAUAUCGUUUACGGUAUUCAGUAAUGCAAUCAAUGCAUUUCGAAGACUCCUACCAGAGUUUCUCCGUCGACGCUGUACAAUUAUUUCUUAGAGAACAUCUCACUGCAAUAGUAAAAUCUUACCUGGGCCUUCUCCCAGAGGCGCCUCGAAUAACAAAGUUCAUCUUAACUGUACUUCAAGGCUAAUGUCAAAUAUCACGUACGAUAUUCAGCGUUGUAAUAGCAAAUACUUAUAGGGAAGAGACCACAAAGUUUCCCGUUGACACUGUACAAUUAUUCCUAAGCGAACAUCGAAUAUCGUUUACGAUAUUCAGAAAUGCAAUAGCAAAUAUUAUUAGGGUUCUCCUCAACGAGAUCUCCUUCACUAACGUACAAGUAUUCCUAAGCAGCAACGUGACACAAACUUAGACGUACAAGUGCUAGACAGCUGGGACCAUAAACUUGAUUAACUUCCAACUAAAGCAUAAUCCUAAAUUUAGCAUACUUUUGUCUAAGCACUUUUGAUUAGUGAUUGAUAAACGGUUAUCUCCUAUUGAUAAUAUAAUUUUUUAUAAUACCACUUAUGUAAGUACGAACAGUGAUAAUAUUAUAAUUAUCGGAUAGUGUGACAUCGAACAUUUCUCAGAACGAAGCUUAAUCUCAGUUUUAAUAACUAUGCAAGCAAAGAACUGCUUCCAUUUGAAUUUACUAACAAAUUUAGUUAUAUUCUUAUCUGUUUUAAUUUAUAUGAUUGUAAAACUCGGAAGUUAGGUCCCAGAUUACCGAUCUAUUAAGUAAUCGGCACAUUAUCCACAAAGUACUUUAAGACGAGAAAGAAAUUAUAAUUUUAUAUGCGAUUCGCGUAUUUUAGUGAAAUGUAUUUUUGUAUAAAACGAAUUCUACGUAUAUGUAAAUGAUACGAACAACGGUGUAAAUGCAGUAAACUAUUUAUGUACUCGUAAUACCUAAACAAAGCGCAAUCUAGAUAUGUAAGUACGAAUUUAGAUACUAUGAAUGUACUUCAACUUUUGAUAACACCGAUUAAAAAAUUUGUAAAUACACCCCAUGU